AUGGAGCGUGCUUCCGUGGAGCGUCUGCCAAUGGCUACUGUAGCUUCGAAUCAACUAACGGUGGCAAACGCUCUCGAGAUAGCCAAAGCCAAUCAGAACGGGCAAAUCCCUCCAGCCGUUACACAAACUCUUGAAAGAAACAUUGGGGAUAUCUGGCGUCGUAUCCAAACCCAACCUUCGACAUAUGUGAUGAGAAAGGAGGAGUUCGCCGUGUUCACUUACUACCGCAGCCGUUAUGACAAUAAUGCUGUGGCACAACAAGCCGUUGCCAGAUUCUGGAAUCAUUACAAAGGCGACGCACCCCGAGUCGAUGGCGCACGGUCAUCUUCCAGCACGCCAUCGGCUUCUGGCGGCCCGUCCUCCCCUCGGGGACAAGGUUCUUCUGGAGGCCGAUAG